UUGGACCAACAAAGAAGAAACACCGGAUAUGUAUAAACGACCAUGAAACUUUUAUAUGACUAGUUAAAAAUCCGAAUGAGCUUCAGUUUUCUGUUGAAUAUUUUCUGUCGUGUUAUUGUAGAUUACCUAAAGAGAAAUACGUUGAAUCAGUGUCUCUGUUCUCGUCGUGUCUGACCCGCAGAUUUUAAAAUAGCUUUAAUUUAUGAAUUUGUGCAGAAAAAAUGUCCACUCAGGAGCUCUUUGUUGCUGCAGCUCGUAAAUGUCUGCGCGCUGGUAAAAAGUCUCUGUCUGUCCCUCAGAGUCUGGACCUGGCUGCUCAGGUCUCGGCUGUUGAUUUGGGAUUGAAACCGGCUUUACUGUACGACAGCAACGGCGCCGGCGCAGACCAGGUGCAGCAGUAUUUGAGCUCUCUGCAGUCUUUGCAGCUGGUUUCUAAAUCGCUUCUCACGCUGGAUUUAAACGGAAACACCCUCAUCGUCAAUCCCCUCACAGUCAGAUCAAACGUAGAACGGCUGUUUCGUGAGAACCACGUGGCUGUGAUAGAUGUCUGCCGCUCACUCGAGAAGCCCGCCAUCGCUGACCCGCUCAGAGCAGAGCUGAAGAGCACGACGCAACAGUUGCUGCUUCUCCUGAGAGCGUUUGACCAACAGGAGGAGUCGGAGAAACCUCAUCGUGUCGGAGACGAGUCGGAGCACUGGAACCUGUGCACGGUGUUUGGUCUUUUACUGGGUUACCCCGUCGCUUACUGGUUUGAUCAGACUGAGAGCUUUGAAAACUGUCUGUCUAUGACGCCGCUGACGGUGACUACAGCUUCAGCCACGUGGCGGACGGACGCCGCAGGUCACACGUUUUGUCUGUACUCGUUCAGCGUCCCGGCUGUUCUGCUUAAAGCGGCGCAGUCCAACCUGGAGAACUGGAGGCUUCGUUUACAGGAGAGAUUUCAGCAGCAAAAUGUCCUGACGGAUCUCAGAGUUUGUCAGUCCACCGUCACUCUGCCCUCAGUCUGUUUGUAACAUCGAGUUUGUCUUUAAAAUAAAAUGUUACAGAAUAUGUUGGUUUUACUUUAUCACUCCAUUAAACUGUGUCAAAACAA